AGACCCAGCCCUGCUGCUGUCACAAAUUUCAGUGAUGUCACAGCUCCCCUAGCUGGAGGCUCCAGCAGAGCCACCCUGAUGGCCAGCCUGAGUGCUGGCCCAACUGAGAGGGGCAGGGAGCAGGUGGUGCCUGGUACCAGUCUUGCUCCAUCUGUUUUUGAGGUCUCACAGCCCCAGUAUGAGUCCAUCAGCAAAGAAGAGGCCCAAGAAUAGAAUGGUUUCCAAGAUACAAGAUGAAGAACCACAGGACAAGAUACCACAACCUGUCAGCAAAGUAAUCGGCCGGAACCGACUUAAGAUGGUAUUAAAAAACUUGUCGCUCUUGAAGCUGCUCAAGAGCUCGAACCCCCGGAUCCAAGAACUGCAUAACCUGGCCAAAAGGUGUUGGAAUUCACUGCUCAGAGUUCCAAAGAUCCUUGGGAUCUCCACUGGGAGCAGCAAUGUCUGCGAUAGAGUGGAACAAGGUAACGAAGAGCUCCAAGAUGCUGGGUGCCCCAAGAACAUCCUGGAAUCCAAGAAAUUAGAGUCCACAGGGGAGCCCAAGGUGGGGCUGGGGGAGAAGAACAAGGCCCAGCAGUCACCCAAAGCAGCAUGCCAGAGCAAGGCGCAGGUGGAGCCCGAGCUCCCCAGGACAUCAAAGGACCAUGGCCUGACCACUUGCCCUGGAGCUCAGGGGAGGCAAUCACCCACUGGGGACCCCCGCAUCAUCUUCCUGAAGACCUACCAGCAUAGAACUCCCGCGGGGGACAAGCAGCAGCUGGAAGCAGCUGACCAGUGGAUCUGGUUUGAGGGGUUGCCCACGCGAAUCCACCUCCCAGGGCCCCGGGUGAUGUGCAGACCAUCUGCCUUGCGCUGGGUCAAGCGCUGCUGUACCCGCUUCUGCUCUGCAUCACUUGAGCUACCCAUGUGCCAUCUAUACAAAGUGUGACAACACCACGGCCCGGCCAGGGUGGCGCGACCUGGGCCGGGAGCCAGACAUGCGAGGGAUGGGCGGGCAAAUUCACGAGUCUACAAAUAAAAUCUCCCUUUGGGAACUGAUGAAUACUACCGCUGCCUCUGCCUGUUGGGGACUGGAAAGGAUGGAGGAAAGAGGCCCUCGACCGAGGUGGGGAGGGAAAAUGUGCAUCACGGUUUUAGGUUUCUUCCACCCCAUUCCCAGGCCCCCUCAGGUCAGCCUAGAACGUGGCACACAGAAGCGAGCAAGCUGCACCCCUCCCCACCCCUGCAAGCUGGCCGGCCCGCGAGUGCACUCUAUGCGGUCACAGAAGGGACUUUCUGGGUCGUUUGUCAGGUACUUUCUGGGUGCCAGAUGCUUCACAAUGGCCCCGCAAGCCAACGAGAUGACAGCCCGUGGCGCCGCGGAGGCGGAAGGGGACUUGGCCCACACGACGAGGAACUGACGGGGCCAGAGCUCCAAUCUCGAACUGCGGGCUGCUCCCCAUUCCAUUUUCCGAAGGAAGGAAAACGGCACAAGAGCGCACCCAUCCAGCCCGUCAUUCACGCGCAUUGUACCCCGGUCACUGAGGCGUCGGGAGUCAACACAUGCGUGUCAGAUGGGCCUCGAAAUGUCAGGCCUAGUGUCAGGGCUUGGGCUCUACAGCUCCCGUGGGACACGACACGCCCUCCCCCCAACCCCAAGGCCCCGUCGACCCCAUCCAGUCGGGGUCGCCCUCAGUCUGCAGGAGACAUAGCCCUGAACGUGCAGUUGGGAAGAGGGAAAGCCCAGGGUACCCGGGCUAUCUGGGGAUCUUCCCCUGAAGGCAGGUGCGCGGAGUGGCGCCCUGAAGAAAGCGGCACAGCGACCAAGGGGCACAGAGCCCUCCCGCGAAGACCCCAGGCGGUGGAGCAGAUGCCUGGCGCGGGAGGGAGGAAGAUGGCAGGGGUCUCCCCAAACCUGCCCGCUUGCACCCUCUUCUUCCCUGGAGAUCUCGGCUCUGAGACUGCUCCUCCCGGGGCCGGCGGGGCCGCAAACGCACCGCGUUAGCCCUGGGCGGCGCGGCCAGCCUGAACCUGCCUGCGCAGGGCCGCUCGCUGCGGCCCUGCCCCGCUCGGCUCCUGCGAGCCUCGGCGCGCUUCCCCUGCGCAGCCGCCUCCCCGCAACCUCCACUCGGAUCCGAGCUGUCUUCCCGCUCGGCUCGCACCCCGGCCCACUCCUGGGUAGUCGCCGUUUCGGUUUCCUUGCUGGCCAUCAUCAAUCCCACCAGUCUUCGAAAAUCGCCCCCCUCGCCCUUCCACCCCAGCACCCACCAUUCCAUCAACCUCCGCGCGAACGUCAGUCUGCGCGCAAUCAGGGCAGCGCGCGCCAACCAAACCACACCGGGCUCGCGACCCCCAGCACUAGUCCUCCUGGGAGCCUGCCCCGGGAGCCCCAAGCGAGGACCCGAAAGGCGUGGCCUUUUGUUAUAAUGACAUCUGGAUUCCAGAGACUGCCCCUCUCCUAUUCCGGAUCACCUACCACGAAACAUGAUUGGAGCGUGCAAGGAUGAGGCUGCUGAGGCAGACAGGCCUGGCUUCUCAUCAGCUGUGUGAUGUUCGCGCAAGUUGUUUACUCCUGGUCUUCAGUUUCUUUGUGGGCAAAAUGGGAACAUAACGGUGUCUAUCCCACUGGAUUAAGUGAGAAUACACAGAAGUCACUCUGCAGUGGAUGGCACUUAGGAGCGCACGCAGUACUUGGUAGCUGCAUCUCGAUC